UCUUGAUGAUGCCAGAAACGCCAGGCGCGUAAAAGCCGCGCUUCAAUCGUAGUGCAAAGUAGAACUUCUCCGCGCCGCGGACCUGCCCGCUCGACCUUGUAUCAAACAUCUCCCCUCCUCACAAGCAUCGGGCAGCCACACAACCAUGUCGAACCUGUCCCUUUCUGAUUCAGAACUCUCGUCGCUCUCCUCAGCGCCCCCUUCGGAUGAAGAGACGGGGUCCAUGGCCGUGGAUGAGCCCGUGGGAAUUACCAAGUACUUCAAGAAGGAGUCCGAAUCUCCGCCGCCGAAACGGGAGCCCUCACCCCCCCAUGAAUAUGUGCUAGCAGACAACUCCGAUAUUGCAUUCAUUGUGAUGUUCCGCGCGCGUUUCCAUGAUGUGUUCCCGCGAUCGACACCACACUUUGGACCACAGGAUAUUGAGAGAGGUGUCGCCGAGAGCACCCCCGGCGAUCACAUUGAACGACUGCUUUGUGCAUUGCUAGGAUUGGUGUUAAAUAGGAAGAAAGAUGUGGAUCGGAAUCACUACACGCGUCCCUUGGAGGAGGCGAUCCAGACGCAUGCCCCCCAAUGGCCUAGGGCUUGGCAAGGCAAGAACCCUCUUCACGGGGGCAACAACUUCACAACCAUGAAGCCGGAAGAACGCUUGCUACUACUCAAAUCGUUGAUCCUCUGGUCCCUUUCCUCCUCCGACGCCGUCCAAGCCAAGAUCAAAGAAUCCUACAAGCAAGCACGCCACGAGGACGACCUCAACCAACCGCUCUCCGUCCAGCCGUGGGGUCGCGACGGCCUCAAGCGUCGAUACUGGCUUAUUGAAGGCCUGGAUGAUACCCACUUCCGACUAUACCGCGAGAGCAACCCGGCCUUAAAAACCAAUACCUGGUGGAGUGUGGCGGGGAGCAUCCCGGAGCUGAAGGUCAUCGCGGACAAGCUCGACGAGGAGAAGAAUAUCCACUCCAAGAAGCUGAGCGAGAAGAUCCGCAACUCCAUCCCUCGGUUUGAAGGAUCAGAGGAGAAACGCAAACGUCGCGACUACCGGAUUGCUCGGAAAGCACAAUUCGCUCGCCCCGAGCCGGGCUUUUCCCUCUACGAAGGCCGCACUCGUGGCAAGAAGUUGAAAUACACCUACUCCGACGACGAAGACAUCUUCUCCGACGGCCUUCCUUCGACGCGACGCUCAACACGAAAUACCUCGGGGGUGUCUACUCCCGUAGAGCCAGCGGGCCCCAGAUACACAGCCAGUGGCCGACAAAUACGAUCUCGCGCGGGCGGACUGUACGGCGAGUCCUUGCUCGCCGGGCAACGCGACGAUGCUCCGACCGGCGACGAGGGCCGGCCCACGAGAUCGAGGGCGAACCGGGCCAAUGGGUAUACCGACUACGAUAUGGAUGAGGAGAUGGAGGAGGGCUCAGCUGGUGCGCAGUCAAGCGGUAACGAAUGGCAAGGUGGCGAGGAGGAAGAGGACAACGACUUUGAAGGUGAUGACGAAGAGGAAGCGAGCGGCGAUGAAGAAAUUGCGAACGGCGAGCCCCCCAGCCUGGUGGUGCAGCUCCGAUACAACAAGGACAAAGCACGAAGGCUUGAGUCAAUCUUCCGGCAGCCCACCGCAUGCCCAUUCACCGUCCCAAGGGACCGAACCAUCUGGCACGAAGCCGAUCACCGCAACCAGUUCGGCUGCUCCCUUGAAGCAGAACAGCACUGGUACCCAUACCAAUACCCUUGAGCCUAAGGCUUCAGUUAAAGUCACGGGCGAAGCUAUCCAAUAAGCAGCAGCGCCUCCAAGUGAUACUAGAGCUAUCAAGAGGCUAUCUUUAGCAGAGAAACCAUUUUUUCUAUCUUCACCACUGGUAAUAUUAUUUGCGAGAGCGUUCCCUUUGGUCAACUGUCAACUGUCAUCUAUACGGGUCAAAACACGGGAUCUAUCUGUUAGGCGUUUUUCUCUCGAUCCAUGGAAGGGGUCAAUCUGGGGAGGUAGCAUUGUGAAUCUCGAUUUCUGAGUGGUGUGGGGUGUGCAAAAAGAUACAUUAUUCAUAAAUAAGAAGAUCUAUGUUAAUGCUUACAUCUGGUAUGUGAGUGUCCUUUGUCCGGAACGGGCUCUCUUUACGUUGCUCUACUCU